UAUGAUUCCCCAUUUCAGCGCACUGUUGGAAGCUCCCGACACGUUGAUUGCUCAAGGAUAUCCAAAGUCUAUUGAUGGUUAAACAUUAAUCAUUGUAAUAAAAUGCUCUACGGAGAAAAGGAAAGAGUUUGACUUCUUUUCAACAGACUCUCCAUUUAAACUUGCUGUAGCAGCGUACAGGUGCAUCAUGGGACCUUUGAUCCGGCAAGUCUGUUUGUCAACAUUCCUCAUCUUCUUUAUUGCCUGUUCAUCUGUUGCAGAUAUGCAGCUUGUUGUCCCUCCUGACCCUGUAGUUACCUCUGCUGGUCAUGACGUCAUCCUUCCCUGUCACCUGUCUCCUCAAACCAGUGCUGUUGACAUGGAAAUCAGGUGGUUUAAGGAAGGAGAAUUCGCUAACCCCCUGUACCUGUAUGAUGGUGGAAAGGUGACAGAGAGGAAAGGCUAUGAGGGUAGAGUGAGUGUGUUCACUCAGGAGCUGGAGAAAGGCAAUAUAUCACUGCUGCUGAAUAAUGUCAUGGCUUCUGAAAGGGGAAGCUACAAAUGCCAAGCCAGCUACUUGGACUGGAUUCAGGAACUGCCUGUUGUGCUACAGGUUAAACAGCAGGGCAGUGUCCCCAGGAUCUCCAUGAGGAAGCACCACAGAGUGUUCAUCCAGCUCAGCUGCAGUUCAGAGAACUGGUACCCAGAGCCUGACAUGCUGUGGACGGACAGCAGUGGGAAGGAGAUCACCUCAGCAGAGACAGAGAGACCCAAACAGAAGGAGGGGGGCGUCCUGUACUCCAUAACCAGUCACAUGAGAAUAAGGAAUGACCAACUGGAGGGGGUCACCUGUGUGGUGAUGUCAGAGUACCAGGGAACCAAGAUGGAGUCUACACUGCAGAUGACUGAGGAAUUCUACAUGAGCAGUUUGCCAGACCGGGUGUAUAUCUCUGCAUUUGUGAUUCCUGUGUUUCUGGGACUGCUGUGUAUCACUGCAUCGGUGCUCUCCUUAUUCCAUCAGAGAAGAGUUGUUCGAGAAAAACUGAAGCCUUUGGAUGACAUGAAUACAAAAUUAAAAGCUAUGGACCAAGAUCUCAUCAAAAAGACAGAGGAACUCACUUAUAAGGAUAAGUUAAUGGGAAUUACUGAAACAAUCCCAGACUCUGUUUGGAGCUUGAUGGUUGAUCAUGCAGUGGAUGUCACUUUCGACCCUGACACUGCACAUGUCAAACUCUCUUUAUCUGAUGAUAACAGACGUCUCAAAUUUGGAGAAUUCAAAGAAAAAAAAGAUUGUGAGAAUAUCAAAGAAAAAUGCAAAGACACUAAACAUAAGUUUAAAUUUAAUCAAUGUGUCUUGGGAAUGGAAGGAUAUGAAAAAGGUACACAUUACUGGGAGGUUGACCUGGGGAAGAAGAGCCAGUGGAGUGUUGGGAUCGCUCAGGACACAGAGAAGAGAGACAACAUCCAAAUGUAUCCAGAAAAUGGCUUCUGGAGCAUAUGUUACAAAGAUGGAGAACUGAAAACAGUUGAACAGUCUUCUACUUUCCUUCCCAUUGAACUGAAACCUGAGAAGCUGGGAGUUUUCAUGGACUAUGAGAGGGGACAGAUAACAUUUUUCAACGUGGAGAAGAAAUGCCACAUACACUCCUUCUAUGGCAUGUUUACUAAGAAACUCUAUCCGUUCUUUGGUCCUUUGAUUGAUUGUAAAGAGGAACUCAAAAUCUCACCUGUGGUACAAAGAGACAAACCCUCAACCUCCGAGAACUGUUAGUGUAAAUAAUGGAAGAUGACAGUCAUUGAAAAAAAGGUAUUUAGAACCCAAAGCUUAUUAUAUACGCUUAAUUUAAAGAUGAAAUGUAAAUCCUAAAAUGUAGCUUUUACACAUGUUAGUUUUGUAGUGUAGAAUAUACACUGAGUGUACAAAAUAUUAAGAACACCUUCCUAAUUUUGCCAUCAGAACAGCCUCAUUUCAAUCUACAAGGUGUCUACAUGCUUCCCACUGGAUGUCUUUUGGGUGGUGGACCAUUCUUGAUACACACGGGAAACUGUAGAGCAUGAAAAACGCUGCAGCGCUGCAAUUCUUGACACAAACCAGUGCACUUGGCACCUACUUCCAUUCCCCAUUCAAAGGCACUUAAAUAUUUUGUCUUGCCCAUUCACUCUCGAACGACACACAUACACAAUCAAUUGUCUCAAGGCUUAAAAGUCCUUCUUUAACCUGUCUCCUCCCCUUCAUCUACACUGACUGAAGUGGAUUUAAGUGGCAUCAAUAAGGGAUCAUAGCUUCAACUGUUCAGGAAAGAGCAGGAAGUCUUAGCUGUUUUUAGUACUGUAUGACAAUAUAUAAUAAUUGACUCACUCACUGUAAUUAUGUGUUGUUUUGAAAUAUUAUGUUAAAAAAAAUCACUCACUGUACUCAGUGUUAAAUCUGUAAAAAUGUAAAAACGUUUGUUACAUUAAUAAAAGGCAUUUAAAAAUG